CUUCAGCUUGAAAGCCGAACUGCCAAAUACAAGAGCUCAAUAAAAUUAUGGUUUACUGAUUCUGUUCAUAUUAUUUAAAGGAAUCUAGUUUGCCCAGGUCAGGUCAGGUCAGGUCAGUCAGGUAUGCUUAAUCCAACCCUUAUGAUGAUUGUGUUCGUUAUCCUGGAAGUUUUGCAGAUACUUGUGCUUUGAUAACUGAAUUCAACGAUACCUAUCCAGAGCGGGUUUGCUUCAGAUGAAGAUAUUGCAAGCUAAUGCUGGGCCACUUACAAAUUUUGAAGUGCUGGAAUUUCUACGAGGUCGAGGAGCUGGAAAAGAUCAAACACGGCUAUUGUUAUCAAUAAAGCAAUCAGAAUUCAAGACUGGCUAUGAGACCCUUUGGAGAAGAGCAAACCUUAUAUAACCUGACUAAGGCUGAGAUUCUCAACAUCCUCAACACUAGGUCUUCCUCUGUUGCUGAAAUUAAUCCGAUAAUAUAUGAUUGGGACCGAAGAAAGUUGGUCCUUGAUGACUUGGUGGAGUUAGUGAUAGAAGUAUUGCCCGGUCCUCCUCCAACAGAGAAAGAAUGAGGGUGAAGACGAGGUUGAAGACAAACAAAGUAAUAGGGUAGGGUUUAUAUUUAAAUCAUUUGAAUUCAUAUUAAUACAGAGUUUUAUUAGUACCGUUAGAAAAUUGAGAUGACUAUUACUGGUAUCAGAAUAAUCCCCAGCUUGAUCCUUGAUUAGAUUAAUCAUUGAUUCCUAUUAGUGGGUGUUGCUGAAGGGUUCAAUACUAUUUGAGUAGUCAUAACAAGAUUUUAACA